UUUUAACGGACUUUUCCCCCUCACCGAAAAGAAAAGUUGCUGUGCAUUAAAGUGCUAAGGGGGAAUGUAUUUUUCGUUUUAAAACCGUUGCGCAGAUGUAAUCGGAACGUCGGGUUAAGAACACACUGAACGCAGAGCACCUCAUAUGAUAAAUAGCGUAAAUGUUACUAAUAGUGUCGUUGUAUUUGCUGUUCGUAUCGAUCAUUUUUAUUGUGAAUUGAGAGUUCAUUUGUAACUGAAAAUGUCGCGCCACAACUACACGAAUCCAGCAUUUUGUCAACAAAGUGAGUUUUCACCCGAAAAGCUAAAGUUAGUUAAUGCUAGAAGUGCGUAUAAUUCACCAGCUAAAAUCCAACGGAGCGAACUGACCAGAUCGUACAAUCGUAUCAGUUCAUCAUUAGUGCGACAAAGCAGUUUCGCAUAUCAUGGAACAGAAAGGCUUCGUCAAAGUGUGUUACCCCCUAAACCAGGACCAAAACCAGGUGGAGCGCGCAUGGUUGAUCAAUAUGCCUCCAAUACAUCCAUUCCCGGAACACGAUAUGGAUCGUUAGCCUCGGCAUUGGAUACUUCAAACUGCAGCAAACAGCCCUCCGGACGAUAUGCUUUGGUUCCGGUCGAAGAAAUACCCUCAAACGACAAGGGCAAAUACGUCAUUUUGCCAGUUGAACACUCUAUGUUAAAAUCUUCUACCAGAGUUAUCAAAAGCCAGGAGAACCUAGAUCGCUAUUCGAGUACAUCCGAGCUGAACGACGAUCCGAUAAAUUUAUCCGAUCAAUUUUGCAGUUUACCGCCGACGUCGUCGCCUCCGAUACCACUCACUCAAAAUAAACUCAAAAAUGCGUUCUCGUCAGAUUUUGGCAGCAAAUCAUUUGUUUUGUAUGACCAAAAAAGUAAUCAACGGUACGAAGUGGUUCCUACCGAAGAUAAUGAGGAACUUGUUGAUCCCAAUCACGAAAUUAUUCAAAUGCACAAUGGAAGAGCGCAUCGCUACGCCGUAAUUCCCGCAGAAGAUUAUGAAACCUGCCUUUCUGAAGAGUCAAACGAAGCGUUUAAACAACCACCGGCUCCACCUUCACAAAGGGACAGCAUGCGCGAUAACUUUAAAAAAUCGCAGCAUAAUUUAACACCACAGAAAUUUGUUUCAACCGAUACAUCAUCACCAAAGAGGAAUGCUUUAGCAACUCAAAUGUUGCACGAACUUCUCAGUACACCACGUCGAACCGAUUGCACACCAAGUAGCUCACCUCAACGACUCGAAGCACAUCCAAAAGUUAUCGCCAGCACACCUAAACGGAAUGAAUUUAAGCCACAAAAGCUGCUGUACGACCCUUACACACUGCAGCAGAAGGCACGCGCUCAACAGCAGCAACUUGAAUAUGAGGCAGCUGCGCGAACGACAGCUGUUAUUACGCCUCGGCUCAAUGUGAAUGGUAAUGGCAUUUACGGUGAAACAACUACAUCACAGGAUCAUAUGGACAAGUCCUGGCAAAACGCUAGUUUCCAGAAGAUAGCUCAUGCCUCAGCAACAAUAGGCGCAGUGUCGCUCAUGUUAAUUCUUUGCGGAUUUAUGAACUCUGGACUAAGCCUUUACUUUACGUCAAAAAUUGGGCGAGAAUAUUAUCUGGAUGUAACGAUCUUUGCCGGUUUCGCAUCGAUUGCAUUAGGAAUACUGGGUUUUAAAUCAAGGCGGUGUGACUGGUUACCGAAUCGGAAUUAUAUAUCAGGUUACAUCCUAGUGACAGUAUUCUCGCUGCUCAACUGCUGUGCUCAGCUAAUGUUGAUGACCAUGCAUCCAUUUCCGGGAACACCAUUACACGAUGUAACUACAGGAAUCAUACUAGGAUUAUCAUCAUUAACCUUACUGCUCAUAAGUUUGGGUAUCGUCACUUCACGUUGGUGCCGAGCUCCUCCACCAGAUAAUCGGGUAGCAGUAUGCUAA